AUGUGGUAUAUUGAAUAUCUGGCCAAGCGAGCCUUUCCACUCACUAUAGACAUUAUUAAAAAAUAUGCUUGGGCGGUUGAUAAAAAGAGUGGUAAAAAUUUAUUUGGCAAAAAUGGUCCCAGUCGGAAGUGGUGGCAAGGCUUUAAAAGUAGAGCAAAAAAAAGGUUUGAUUUCCGCCUUCGACGACCGGAUAUGCUCGAUAGAUCAAGAGUGAGCGAUACAAUAGUAGAAGACUUGCGGGAAUAUUUUAAACAACUGAAAGAGGUCAUGGACAAAUUUGAUUUUCACUCUAAACCUUCUCGAAUCUAUAAUUGCGACGAAUCUAUGCUCGAUCUUAACAAAAAAGCUCAAAAAGUUAUUGUUCCUGCUCGUUCUCGCCACACGUAUUACCGCCAGUCAGCUUCUCGCGAGCAUGUCACGAUACAUUGUGCGGUGAAUGCCGGAGGACAUGCUCUUCCCCCCUUUGGUAUUUUUUCAAAAAGUUUUCCUGGAGGAAAUUACGCCAGAAACGGUCCUCAUGGCGCUGUAUAUGCAAAAUCGGAUUCCGGGUUCAUGGACUGUGAAUUGAUGCUGAAAUGGUUUGAGCGAUUAGUUAUUAAAAAUAGUCCAUCAGAUAGGACCCCGGAUAAUCCAGUUAUACUUUUAUUAGAUGGUCAUGUGUCCCAUCACUCGGAAGAACUGAUAGCGGCUGCUCAAAGGGAGAAUGUAAUUUUAAUGGCAUUAGUGCCUCAUACCAUGCAUGUGUGCCAACCUUCACAAAAGUUUGAAAUCUAA